GCCUGGAGCUAAAUUAGCCGCGAUGUCCAAUAAGAGUAAGUCCCAGCCGCAGCAGCAGCAGCAUCCUUCGCACGUGAUCAAGUCGACAGUGGAGCAAGUGCCACCGCGAUAUCAGCCACCACCGCAGCCAACCAGCGGUAUCCUCAAGAAUCAUCCUCAUUUUGGUACAGGCCCUUCUGUGCCAACCUCGGUGUCUACCACUGGUCAAGGUCCCGUCGCGACCUUGAAUCAUCAUCAACCCGUCCAAUCACGACCUGUGCCGCAACAGAAGGAUGUGCAGAGUAAAUAUUCACCGAGGAUAGAGCAUCGACAUCAUCCUCAAGGCGGAAACACUUUGACUGCAUCCGUCCCUAAAACACAGCCUCAUACCUACCUUCAGGCCAAGGUCGGCCAAGGUCAGUACCUGCCACCUAACGGUCAAUAUCCCACGGUAAACACUGCACAGACACCGCCGCUUAGACAAAGGAUCACCGACGACGAGUUUCUAAGGCUCGGUCCUGUGGAGAUGCUCAAAUUUGUUCGGAAGACCGAGAGCGAUAUCGCAAGGCUCGCCGCCGAGCAGAAUCGACAGAUACAAAGCUUGCUUAGCGAGCUUCGGGCACUGAAAGAAGCAAACCAAAGAUUAAGCGAUGAUAAUCAAGAGCUGCGAGAUCUUUGUUGCUUUCUGGACGAUGAUCGACAGAAGGGUCGAAAGUUAGCGAGGGAAUGGCAAAGAUUCGGAAGAUAUACGGCGAGUGUUAUGCGUCAGGAAGUAUCCGCUUAUCAGAAUAAAUUGCGUCAAUUGGACAACAAACAGCAAGAGUUAAUCAAAGAUAAUUUAGAGCUAAAGGAACUUUGCCUUUAUUUGGAUGAAGAGAGAGGAGGUGGUCAAAGAGAUGAUGGAGAUGGUUCAAGUUCAAGUACGAAUGCCGAAGAAACCGCGCCCCCGAGACCAAGGCAUGCAUCUACGUUUAAUGACCAAACUAUGCAGUACGUAAGGAGUUUAGAACAACGGGUAAAGCAGCUUGAAGAAGAUAAGAGUCUUUUACAAGCAAGAGCGCAGGGUUGGGAAGUACCACCUGGUGAAACCUGGGAAAGUCAAAACAGCCCAGGCGAAAAUCCUCACAUAGGAGGUCGACCAGAAGCAGUGGUACGAGCUCUUCAGGUUCUCGAAGUUAGAGAACAACUAGAACGAGAAGGCGGUCACGACGGGGAAAAGGCCUUGGUUAGAGAAAUGUGCAAUGUUGUUUGGCGGAAAUUGGAAGAAGGUCCACAAACGAGGCAUUGAUAAUCGUACUGUAAGCGCGAUUAAUUAAACUAUAGUGUAGCCGUUGCGAAAUCUGUUAAGUCAGAUAUCGUAUUUAAUAGUAUUAUAGUGUUUAAUGCGAAUGUUAUGAAUUUUACGUAUGUACCUACAACUAUUUCGAUGUAAGAAUCAAUGUGCCUAGUUUACAGUAUUUAUAUGAACAUUGUAGAGUCGUUAGGUUGCCAACAUAAAUUAACAAACUUUAUUUUUAUUAUAAA